AUGUCGAAGCCAUCGUCGUCGUCGCUGCUGCUCCUCCUCCUGCUGUCGGCGACGCUGGUCGCCACCACCUGCCGCGCCGACCCGGACCCAGUGCAGGACUUCUGCGUGGCCGCGGCGCCGGGCGAUCACAACGCGUCGUACUCCACCACCUACCCGGGCUUCCCGUGCAAGCCGACGUCGUCGGUGGUGUCGGACGACUUCUUCUUCGCGGCGCACGCGAGCGGCGCGAGCACGGACAACCCGAAUGGCGCGGGAGUGACGCCGGGCAACGUGGAGGCGUUCCCGGGGCUCAACACGCUGGGCCUGUCCAUCAACCGCGUGGACCUGGCCCCCGGCGGCGUGAACCCGCUGCACACGCACCCGCGGUCCGCGGAGCUGGUGCACGUGGAGGCCGGCGAGAUGCUGGUCGGCUUCGUCAGCACGGAAGGGAAGUUCUACUCCAAGGUGGUUCGGGCCGGGGAGAGCUUCGUCAUCCCGCGCGGGAUGAUGCACUUCCAGUACAACGUCGGCACCGGCGCUGCGCGCGCCAUGACCGUCUUCAACAGCCAGCUGCCCGGCGUCGUGCUCGCCGCGCAGUCCCUGUUCGGGGCCGAGCCGGAGAUCCCCGACGCCGUCCUGGCCAAGAGCUUCCAGGUGGACGCCGACACCAUCAAGCUCCUCAAGUCCAAGUUCCGCAAAGGAUGA